AGGCGAGCGCCAGUCGCCGACGCGAGUGAGAGGCGGGCGCACGACCGACGCUUGCGCUGUACGAGUGCGCGCGAAACACGACUCCACGCGCAACACAAACGCCGCGCGCGCAACUGUGCACUCCCUGCACCUACCACCAAAUACCCGCAUUACAGUGAUAUUGUGCAUGAAAACCUUUGUGCUAGUGAUUGUGUUCCACGGCUCCCUACGUGAGUGUCCACGGAGAUUGUGAGAAUUUUUCUCGUUAUUUGACACACAUAUGACGUGAAUAACGGUGCGGGGAUCCGACGCUCGAUCGACUCGCUAAAAUCGAAUAAGUGUUAGUGUAUCUUAAAAGCAGUGUGCCGGAAUUUUAACGGACUUGCCUAAGCAGAGAUCUGCAGUACGUGGUUUGUUGAGCUUCGCUAUAUUCAAGAGCGAUGUCGCGGUGGAAGGGUAUACUAAGGUAGCCGGCAGAUGGCAGCAGUCAGCGCGGCGAUGUUCCGACCUGGGGGCGGUCUCGACCCCUCCUGCUAUGCCACGCAACGGAUAUAUGACACGACAGAAAACACGCGGCCGAAGAAAUGGUCAUCGAAGCUGAAGUUGAACACAUCAGGAAGCUCCAAGACAUCAGAAAAAUCUCCAGAAAGCCCGUACAUGUACGGAACUAUCAGUGGGCCAGGAGGUUCAGCGCUAUCUAAAUCAAUGAAGUAUGCUGAGACCUGGCUUUAUGGGUCCGUAAGGACCCAAACCCCACCUAUACGACCCAGCGUCUUCUCUGCUUACCCAGAAGUCUCUGGUCCUGUCCUUAUAAGCACACCUCAAAAACCUACACCACACAACUAUGCUGUCAUACUAUGUUCCUGUCCUGAGUACCUGAACGGUACAAAGAAAACCAGCUCAACCAAAGUCAGUAUUUGUAAGAAAUGCAAGGGAUCUCGUUUGCCAUUAACUAUAGCUGAUAGCCCACAGUUGUUGGUCGGGGGCACGGUUAGAGGUCCUCAAGUCAGUCGUGACUCUGGCUUGCUGAGAGCUGGGACAGUAAGAGUACAAGGAUCGAAGUCACGACCGACAAUACUUAAGUCUAAUGGAGAUACCGAUCCAUAUGAUUUGAUGAGAAGAAACAGAUUGGCACCUCCACAUGAAGCUCGUAUAGGAAGCCAGUUUUCAACAACGCGGUUGCGGGCCAAAAGUAUAAGCCCUUGUAGAGUGAAAACUAAGAAACCAACCAGCCCAGAGACACUUCGUAAGAAUCGAAGUAAAUCUGUUAGUCGAGUAAAUGAGAUAUGGGUUGAAGAAGAUGCCAACACAAGUACUGACUCCAAGAAGUCAAUAUUGUCUUGUGACAUCAAUCCUUAUGACUUGGUAAAAUCAAACGGUAAUUCAAAAUCAUUAGUAGAAAUUGAGUUUGACGAUGAUUUUGGACACGUUUUCCAAGAAUCCAUGAAAAGUAAAAACUUGAGCUCUUCAGGCAAGUCUAAAUCAGAUUCCAAUGUAAAAGCCAUUGGUGGUCAAAGAAUAAGAAUCUCUGACGAGUCUAAAUCGAGUAAAAUAGAUGACGCCUCAGUAUAUGAUCCCGUUGAUUAUGAUCUCAAAUCCUAUGAAUUAAAAUCUCAAGACACAUCCCCGACUUUGUCAUUGCCAAAUAUUAAAAAUGAAAAUAAGAAAACAGUGUCUAUUAGUAAGAGUUCGAGUAAGAAAAUAUUAAGUAUCCCUACAUCAAACCGUGCAAAACAAAAAAGUGUCUCCCCGAAGCGACCACCGAGACGAAUGAGGAAUAAUAAAACUGAUGAUGACAGUGAGAGUGAUAAUCAGAGAUUGACGGAAAGAACUAACAGAAAACUUGACAGUUACUCACGUAACUCUAAGCUUAAGAAUCACAAUACUGAUACUAUAAAAUCUAUUCUGAAAAAGCCAAGAAAUUACGAUACCAUUGAAUCGACUACAAAAUCUGAAUCAUCAAAUGAGAUGGAGAAUAAAAGAGUAAACUCGUCUCUGUUUUAUCUACCAAAACCUAAAGAUAAGGUGUCUAUUAAUCCUCAAAAUAUACUGGGUAGAAAGCGUGUCCAAUUUCUGGUUGAAAAGGAAGAAACCACAGAAAUCUAUACUGCUGAACUUAACCUUGAACCGGUUACCUCGAAAGAAGUUCCCGCCGAAGUUUUGAGCUCUAGCAUAGAUACUGAAGAAGAUGUGGUAGCCGAAGGAGACAUUGUAAGCCGUAGUUUGGAUGAAUCUUGUGAAAAAUUGACAGAGUUGAUAACCCAAACUAUAACAACAAAUGGUGAUGAAAAAUUUGACAAUGUGCAGCUGGAAAAUAAUAUAAUCGACACCGCGGUCGAAGACACUACAGAGACAAUUACAGCUACGGUAUCUAAACCAGAAGCGAUCAGUGUUGAAGUUGUUAAUAAUGUAAAUAAAGAAGGUAAGAUUUUAUAUUUUGUUAAUGUGAAUGUAAGUGACGUAUGUGAUGAUGUUAAAGUUUAUUUUUUGUUUCCAGAUAACAACAUUCCCAGAAUACCUGCACUACGUCGAUCAGAAUCUGAACGUAUCCCAUCGACUAUAUCAAUAGAUCCACCGAAGUUCUUAGAUACGAUGGCAUUGCGACCAAGAAGUAAACAUGGACACACAAGCCAAGUGUUCCUAACAUCCGUAGUAGAAAACGAAAUGUGCAGCACAAAUCAAUACGUUUUUAGUCAACCAGAGGCGAAUGAAGAAGUUACUAUGCCAACGUUGAACAAUCAUUACAAUGACAACAUUGAUAUUGGAAAUCUCAGCGACAGCAGCGAAAUAACAAGAACUAUUUUGACUAAUUUACGUCGAGGAAUAUCGGAGUCACCUGAACCGCCACCUCGGCUCAAGUCAAAGGAACGAACUAAAUCAAAGAAGCAUAACUACGUCAAAACACGCUUUGUUCGUAACAACUCCUCAAGCUCCACCAGUGACGAAUGGUCAGAUGCUAAUGAUUACGAGCAAAAAACUAUUCUACGUGUAAAACAAUUUGAUUCUGAUACCGAUGAACCGAAAACUGCUUCAGGCAUACUGCGAUCAUCAGAAAAUGAACCCAGAAAGACCUCCAUUCAAAUAAAUGGAAACGAGUGCUAUUCAACUAUGAAUGUGAGCAGUGAUACACCCAUUUAUUUGUCUUCAGUUGUUGUCAAUGAUGAGUAUGGAAAUACGUGUAAUACCUAUCAAACUGGAACCACCGUUACAAUUAGUGUUGGAACUCCACAAAAAGAAGUAAAGAAAUCUAAAAGUCAAAUUUACAUAGGUGCUGUACUUUCCCAACAACCUGAAAAGAAUUUAGAAGCGAACACGUACGAAGAAUAUUACGCUGAUAAAAAUAAAGAUGGCUCGUACAGCUCUAGAGAUCAGAACACAUCAAAUGAUCUAUCUUCAAUUCUUAACGACCCCGUCGAAGCUGUUAGAAGAAAUUUGAUUCCACACGUCUGUGGUAAACAAGACGAUAAAAAUUAUUCUGAUUGCCAACAAACAAUUGAGCCAAAUAACGGUAAUUUUGUCACAAAACUUUUUGAUGAUCCUUUCUUUGCUCAUCUUGCCGAAGGUUUGGAUUCAGAUCUGGUUAAAAAAUUAAUAGAGAACUCUUUAAUAAAACUCCAAGAAACUAAGAACUCAGAAGGGACAGACAGCAGUGAAAUGACUAUAGAAAAGCUUAUAGAAAGUUCAUUAAAGAAUUUGAAAGAAGAGAGUGCGAAGGAAGGAGAGAAGAAAGAAGAAGUGAAACCAAAGAAUGAGAAUAGUGCCAAAGACGAUGCGUCGAAUAAACAAAAUAUGAUCGACUCUUCCGUCUGCCAAGAGAAUGAAGAUAAUAGCUGCUCUGCUCCCUAUGAAAGUAUGGAGUACGAGAGCGGUGCUAUGGGAGUUUUUUCUGAUCUCGAGCCAAUGUCAGACUGCUAUAAUGCUUCAGCGAGUGAGUUGUCUACUGAAGACGAUACGAAUUCAACGAGAUCGAAAUUUUAUCAAAUGUUGGUCGACGCCGCGUUGUGUGAUAUUGAAAUAUCCAAUAAUACCGACGAUGACCAUCAUUACGAAUCGAUUCGUUUGAACAGUGAUCCUAUAUACGAAGAGAUUGGAGAUAUGCCACCGCCAUUGCCCGUAAACCCGCCUCCAAAUUCUCUAAUGAUACUAGAUGACGAGAAACGAAGUGGAUCACGUUCAAUAUUUGAAGGAGCAUCGAAGUACGAUAUUUUAUCUUACUUGGUGGAUGCUAAGGAGAGAGGUAUUGAUGAUGAGGAAACAUACAUAACUAGUUACGCUACUCAUAAUGAGUCUUCGAAUAUGAUUGAGGAAUCAAAAGACAAAAUAAAUAAUAGUGAAAUAAUUGACACACAUCUAAGUAGUAACACCAGCCAGUUAUCUAACGCAUCAGAUUCAAGUGAAGAUAAUUCGCUUAUCAUCAACCAUGAGACGUUAGAAAAAGCCCUCGUGUGCAAGAAAACGUCCGCAGAAAUCGAAAGGAACGAUUCUGGCGUUGGUUCGGAGACGAGUAAGUCUUCAAGAAGUAGACUUCAAGGUAAAACGUCUCCGUGCAAUAUAAUUAGUGACAAAGAUACGCCUAUACAUCUUUGUGAAGAUUGUGAUAGUGCUGUGGAAACACAAAUUACAGAACAAGGUGCAAUAUACGCUCCCUUAGUGUGCCGAAAAUGUGCUAAGAAAAGGGCAGAAAGAAAGGAAAUUAUCACAGAAAUAGUGGAAACUGAAGAGAAGUAUGGCAGAGAUUUACAAAUCAUUCUUGAAGAGUUUUACAAACCUAUGCUGGUGGCUGGUCUGCUCAAUCAAGAACAACUAAGUGCUAUUUUCUUGAAUGUCGAAGAGCUAAUUGAGAAUAACCAAGUCCUUUCUGAGAAGUUAAGGGAUGGACUUGAAAUAGCUAUUGAACAAGGCGAUGAGGAUCUCUUGACUGUGAACGUUGGAAAAAUCCUGCUGGAGUGUUCAGGCAUGCUGACAGCGUUCCAGUCGUAUUGCGUAAAGCAAGCUGGUGCUGCCCUUCUGCUGGCUGGUCUCGAGAAGGAGAAGGAACUUCUGAGGAUAUUCUUACGCGUCUCGCAGAUGGAAAACGCCGUUUUGAGGAGAAUGAAUCUAAACUCAUUUCUCAUGGUGCCAGUACAACGCGUGACAAAAUAUCCCCUCCUUCUCUCUCGGCUGUAUCGCGCCACAGCCGCGUGCGCCACCGAACGAGAAGACGUAAAGUCUGCGCAACGCUGCGUGGAAUGCAGACUCGAAGAAAUCAACGCAGCUGCCGCGGCCGCAGCUGCUGCAGCGAGAGACGUACCUCUGUGGAGACGACUCGCAGCUGCACGAAGAACUGCGCAUGACUUACAUGUGGCCGAUAUUAAGUUGAGGAAAAUGGCUGUCGAUGUUCUGGACUGGAAUCAUGAUGACGCCAGGUUCGCAAUGGAGGGUAAGCUGCUGUUCACCCAGCCCAACGACAACAACUGGCGGAAAGGUCGCACCAUCAAGUUGACGCCAAUCAACGCUCUUUUGGUAACUAACGGGAAGCCAACGAUCACUCACAAAACGAACGAGAUCCGAGAGACACGGGAGGCAAGAGAUAGAGAAGCGAGGGAGAAAGAAGGAGAAGCUUUGUUCGCGCGCAGUGGAGUAAGAGAAGCAGCUCUUCUGCUUGUGAGGGAGAAAGCGGGAAGAUACACAUUGCAGAGGGAGCCACUGUUCUUGGACCGAUGCGUGGUCGCCGCAGACCACGAACCUGAACAUUUCUUCGAAGUACACGAGAUCACUACUAAGGAUUCUUAUAUUUUUAAGGCGGAAGAAAAUUCACGCACGCGCACUUGGUACCGUCAGCUGCAGUAUCACGCACAAGGCGCCGGCGCAUGGCGCAAGCGCAGGAACGCGCUCGCAAACAUCAUGAUCAACCCUAUGCUGACUAGGAAUUGAUGGUCAAAGUACUGUUGUGGUUUGAAACGUGAGAGGGUUACAUGAAAUGGUGAACGAUCAGUGAUGUGUUGAAGUUAAGGAUUUGUUUAUAUGAUUUUUUUGGGAAAUAUACUUUUUUUUUGUAUUUCGUUACUUAUCAGUAUUCCGUUACUGGUUACGUACCAGGUUAAAAAUUAUUACCAAUCUUAACUGAAACAAAAAUAAUUAAUACCAAUCUUACUUAAAUUCUUAUUUAAAGAAUUUUUGUUGUCAGUGUUAUCGAUAAGAUUUUGUGAUUUCGAAAAAAGUCAUAUGAAUUAUUCUGAUCGAGUAACAUCACUAAAACGUAUGUAUGUCAAAAAUCGUUUAAAAAGCGAAAGUGGUGCCCUCUGCUUGUUAGUAUUGUAUUGGCUUGAGACUGUCAUAAAUUUUUGAGUGCUGUGGUAUUUUUCGAAACGUAUUUUAAAGACGAAGGGUUGGUAAAAUAUUAUUGUUAAUUAAAGAAAAAAACAAUGAAAUGCGUGCAUUUUGAUUAAAUUUAAUUAUUUUUUAAUAGAUUUAUCAUUAAAUACCUACAUUCCCGAUUUUUGUUUGGUUCUUUUUUAAUUAAUUGUAAAUAUUCAAGAACAGUUUGCCACUAGUUUUUAAAGUUAGCUUUACACCAAAAUUUAGACGAUUUAACAUUUUAUGUGCCCUAUAACGAAAUGUAUUAACAAAACCAUACAUAUAAGAAGUACUGUAUAUAAUUUAAUUUUAAUUGCUGUGAUAUUCUGUCGAAAAAAAAAUAGAAAAAUCCUAUUAAAAAAAAAGCUUUGUUCAACAUUCAAAAACCUUGUAAUUAUUAUAUUUUUUAACAUUAACAAAUUGUUCAAAAAUAAAUAAUAAUAUUAAUUAUUAAUAACAUUAAUUACUUCCUGACUAGUCUUAAGGGAAAUCGUGUGUAAUAUUAUUAAAAUAUUUAUAAGAUCAAAAUAUACAUAUUAAAUUGUAUUUAUUGUAUGUAAUUGUAAUAUUAGUAAAUAGAUGUAGAAUUGCUAAAAAUAAAAUAGUUUUAGACAAAUUUGUUUCGCCUUGGGAAUAUAUUGUAUCUGUUAUAUUAUUAGAGAAGACAGGAAAUAAAUAAAUUAAUAAAAUA